AACUGAGAGAGUUCUGCUCAGAUAUAUUCGAACUAAAAGACAGAUGGAUAUGGCUAUAUCGAAUAUAUAUAUAUACUUAAUGGGCUCGAAGAAUUCUUCCAACUUUACAAAUAUCCUCGACAAGUACUUCUACUACUAAUCAAAUACUACAUUUUGAUGCGCACGCAAUGCAGUGUUGCACGGAGGCGCAUAGUAGUAUGCGACUACCGAAAUACUGGGUUAAUACUGGGAGCAGCUGAGUGCGCAUGCGUCGACCGGCUCGUGUGUCGCCUGCCAGCCUUAAAUUAGCUCGCUGCGGCGUCAGUUCAAUUUCGAAUGCGAACGCGUUUGGUUGUCGUACGAUUAAAUGUGCGCAAUCUUUUCGUCAUACGGCGUAUUCUCGGAGUGUGCAGCAGGAUAAUUAAGCGUGACGCGUGUGCGUAACAUAAAAAUACACAUUAAGUGAAAUGAACUGAAGCUGAGCCGAGUUGAGCUGUGCACAACAUUUCUAAAGAAACAAUUACAAAAAUUCGCAAAACAGAACAAGGAAAGAAAAGAAGUAAAACGAGCCGGUUUUUAUUAGGUAAAACAGACAGCAAAAAUCAAAAAAAAAAAGGAGAACAAACGAAUUCUUCAAGAUGAAAUCAGAGAUAAAAAUCAGCAGCAUUUUGAGCUGCUCUGCUCUGCUGAUCCUCCUCAGCAGCGGGGGGGUUAGCUGUGCGCGGGCAGCAGCAGCCAGUAGUCAGACGGAUGUCAGCAUCACUCGUGGCCCCAACGGACUAACAACGGUUAAGGAGCAGAGCUCAUUGGAACUGCCCUGUGUCUAUCAGCUGCCCGAUGUUUAUCGUCAGAGCAACAGCGUCAUUCUGCGCUGGCGCAAAGACAAUAAAACUCUGCGUCAAUGGGAACUGGGACAGGUGAGUGGCACCAACCACGAACCCCAAUUGGAGACAAUGGUGCGCGAGGAUGCACGAAUCGCGCUCAACAAGGAGACGGGUUCGCUGCACUUUGGUAGCGUUUUGGCCAGCGAUGCGGGUGUCUAUCAAUGCCAGUUGCUGGUCGAGGGCCAGUCGCCGGUUAGCUCAGGCAGCGGCAGCUUGGAGGUCAUAGAACAGCUCAAGUUUAUGCCGCAGCCAACGUCCAAGAAUCUGGAGCUGGGCAGCGUGAGCAAAGUGCAUUGCAAGGCACAAGGAACACCAACGCCUCAGGUCAAAUGGAUGCGGGAGACGCAGCUGCCACUGCCACAGAAUGUGAGCGAUCACAAUGGCACCCUCAUCUUUCGGGGGGUGAGCAAUGAGCAGCGUGGCCAAUACACCUGUGUGGCAAGCAAUAGCCAGGGACAGAUAAGCGCCACGGUGGCUAUCAAUGUGGUUGUGGCGCCCAAGUUUAGUGUGCCACCUGUAGGACCCAUUGAGGUCAGCGAGGAGGACAUCGCUGUGAUGCACUGCCAGGCCACGGGGGAACCAAAGCCAACAAUCCGUUGGGACAAGGAUCUCACGUAUCUCAACGAGAACAAUACGGAUCCGGCUCGAUUUCGUCUGCUAGAGAAUGGAACGCUGGAGAUACGGAAUGUGCAGGCGGAGGAUGAGGGCAACUAUGGCUGCACCAUUGGCAGCAGUGCCGGGCUGAAGCGGGAGGAGGUGCUGCUAGUUGUGCGUAGCAAUAAAUCCGCAUCGAAUUCAAUUGUGACACGCAUCAUCAUUGUGAUCAUCUGUUUGGCAUUCCUGUACUUUGUGCUGGUGUUGGGGCUGAAGCUCUGGUAUCGCUAUCGUCGCCACAUGGGCAAGGUGCAGCUGGAGGAUGGCGCACAUGCGGCGGCCAUCGAUGGACACGAGGGAGACCACCACGAUCAUGCCGAGCACGAACCUUGCCUCACCGAGGCCAACAACUCCAGCAAGAAUCUCAAGAGCAAGUUGCGCGAGAGCACAAUACUGGAGCAGGAGUCGCAAGUGGCCGAUGAUAUUGUUUAGUGUGUGGAGUGGAACUAUGCUCGGUGCUGCUCUCUCCAGUUGCCACAUUCAAAAUGAUCUCCCGAGGGCCGCCUUUGUCCGCCCCUCUCUCAAAAUGUAUAUGUUAAUUCAAUUUGUUAUUUACAUCUAUUUGUA